AUGGCUGCAUUUUACAACCCUCUACUGAUACUUUUUGUAUUUGCCUCCACCUUAUGCCUGAUUAAGGCUGGAGAAACAACUGUCUCCAAAAAAGUAUUUUUUGACAUUAAAAUUGGGGGCGAAAAAGUUGGUAGGAUUGUGUUUGGUUUGUUUAUGGAGACAAACCCCAAAACAGCUGAAAAUUUUUACCAAUUGGCUGUUGGCACUCCUGGUUUUGGCUACAAAGGCAGCAAAUUCCACCGUGUUAUUAAGGAUUUCAUGAUUCAAGGUGGAGAUUUUACCUCACAGGAUGGCAGAGGAGGUGAAAGCAUUUAUGGUAAAUAUUUUGAUGAUGAGAAUUUCAUUCUUAGUCACUAUGGAGCCGGUUGGUUGAGUAUGGCCAAUGCAGGUGUAGAUACAAAUGGCUCACAGUUUUUCAUCACCUGUGUUGAGACACCUUGGCUGAAUGGAUCUCAUACCGUAUUUGGGAAAGUUCUUUCUGGAAUGGAAGUUGUAAGGAAAAUUGAAGCAACACCAACAAAUGAAUCGGACAGACCUUUAAAAGAUGUUAUCAUUGAAGACUGUGGUAGUCUGCCAGUUGACAAACCAUUUGAUGUUGAAAAAGCAGCUGUAAAAGAAGAUUGA